UAUAACUGGUAUAUAAGUCUAUAGAUAGAGAGGUUUUACUCACAGUUUUUUGUUUGUUUGCAUUAUUUUAACGUCUACUAAAAGACAUGCAUCUGAUAUCAACACCAACGUUGACCUCACGGUAUGGUCGAGACUCGUUUGAACGAUUCGGUGACGACCUAUCGCAGCUCUUACUGUUAUCCUAUUUACCGAUGGACGACCGUUUUCGUUACGAAUGUAUUAGCCGACAGUGGCAACGGGUUAUAUACCAGACACAGACAGUGUUGCGAUUGGACGGUACUUAUGCUAUAUUUAAUAAAAAUUUUUACCGACAACCCGAGUACCUGCAGUGUAUCAAACAGAUGCUGAAAAAAUUGCAAAACAUUCAGCACGUAAUCAUCGACUACGACACCCGAUAUCUGAUUGAUCCGUUGCUGACRCAAAUUGUCAAACACUGUCACCGACUGAAAUCAUUUGACUAUCGACUGUACGAAGGAGUGGACAACUGGUACAGGGAAUUGUGGUCAGAGUUUUGUCUGAAAUACGGMCGWCAAUUGGUUGUACUCAAGUGCCGGAUAUCGCCGCAGGUAUGGGACAAAACAUUUUGGCUGGGAUUUCGCCAGUUUCGGUCACUGCGGACACUGCAUCUCUAUACGGCUACCGAAGACGUUUGUCCACUGUUGCUGACCACCAAUCCUAUCGACACCAACAAAGUUAUUCAACAACAUCAGCAACAGUGGCCACUGUUGCGGAGUUUUAGUUUUCACUAUUACAAUGAAACACAAUUGAARGCAUUUGACAAAUAUCAUCACCAGUUGGACUCAAUACAUAUUACCAUAGACUGGAGCUGUGAUUCACACGGGUUGACCAAAUUGAUUGGCACAUUACGGCAGAUGUCCGCUAUGAAAGACUUGAGUCUGAACUACAAACGGGUAACAUUUGAUCAGCGAUUGAUAGCYAAACAGUUGGCACAGGUAUUACCCAGAAUGCCUGGGUUGAAGAGGUUGUGUCUGACKGUGCAUACGGUUAGUCGGCGUAAUAUACAGCAGAUUAUGAAAACGAUUAACCAGUGUUSKCCGCAAUUACGGCGACUGCAUCUGCGCGGACUGUUUCCCGAAGAUCUYAAAUUUAAUUCCUCAUUGUUGGCCGGACUCCAGCGACUGACACAUUUGACUAUCAAUGCGGUUAUCGAUCGCUAUGUUAACUGUGAUGAACGGUUCGUCAAAAAAAUUGACCAAUACUUUCCCCGACUCGAACACCUGUUCCUCAAUGCKAUUGAUUUGAGAGACAAAUCAUUGGACUAUUUGGCAAAACUGCCGAACAUUCGCUACGUUCGACUGUACGGAACACCCGAAGCGGCCGUCAGUCCCGAAGCUGUCGAUAGGUUUGCCCUGAAAUGUCUGAAAUUGGUUGAUAUAGACAUACGUGAGUCUCAGUACAAACAAAAUACUACUACGACUACUACCUGUGCUCGACAUCAACCAGACUUUUCGACUGAAUAUCUAUUUCCUGGUCAUUACUGA